GUGGUUUCUUGCUAAUUGCCAGACGACGCAAACGUGUCCUCGCGGAGUCGACUCGUCGAAGAACCGUUCCAGCACUGAGUCAACUCAACAAAAGGAGGACUCUCUCUCUCUCUCGUCCCCCGAAACGAGAGAGAACGAAUCCGCAUCAACAAUGCGAGCGAAAUCGUCGCCGUCGUCCGCCAGCUAUGGCGCCGCCACCGCCACCACCACCACCACGAGGCCAACCUCCCAGACCCCCUUCGCCACCCUCUCCUACACCUCGUCCGCCGCCGCCUCCUUCCUCGCCACGCGCCGCCCCUGGCGCGAGUUCCUCGACGUCUCCUCCCUCUCCCUCCCCUACAGUUACGCCGACGCCACCUCCCGCAUCCGCCGCAACUGCGACCACUUCCGCGUCAACUACGCCAUGGUCGCCCUCGGCAUCCUCUUCCUGAGCCUACUUUGGCACCCGGUUUCGAUGAUCGUCUUCAUCGCGGUCUUCGUCGCUUGGUACUUCCUCUAUUUCUCUCGCGAUAGCCCCCUGGUGGUUCUCAAUCGGACCGUCGACGACAGGGUUGUGAUGGCGGUGCUCGGUCUGGUGACUGUGGUUGCUCUGGUGCUCACCGAAGUGGGCUUGAAUGUCCUGGUCUCGUUGUUGAUUGCGGUUUUUCUCCUAGGGUUGCAUGCGGCGUUUCGGAAUCCGGACAAUUUGUAUGUGGACGAAGAGACCACGGCUGGGGGCGGUUUGGUGUCGGUCGUCAGCAGUCAGCCGCUGAGAGCCACGGCCUAUACACGCACUUGAGGGCUUUAGGGGUGUUUUGGAAUCAUUUGAUUGUGUGGAUUUUUUGAAAUGGUGCUUGUUGGUCGCUUGGUGUAUGAUGCAGUGUCUUUGAUUCAGCUCGAGCUGUGCAAUUCUGAAAUUUUGUUGGAAUUGGAUCGAUGUGAGUCUUGACAGAAUUCAUGGAACUGUGCAUUAAGAUUUGGCUUCCUAAUACUUGGGUUUCGAAAUGACUGCCGAAAGUACUCGGAUCUUUCCAUGCGGAUCUUCUGGUUUCGGACUGAAAGAAAAGCAAGAAUGGUUCUGCUGUUCAGGAGAGUGUUUUAUCAGCGGGGUCGAACGCGUUGUGCUACUCGUGCCCGUUCACAACACGAAACCCGUGGUAUGCUUGCUGUCUGUUUUGUAGCCGAAAAGACACAUAGGGAUGACAAUUUUCUGUGGUGUUGUGUAAUUGAACUGGGAAUACCUUAUCUUGAUUUACCCAGGAAAUUAUAGAUGCCAGUCCGACGGAUUCUGGUCGAUCUAGUUCGUCCUGCUUUUAUCUGGUUUAAGUAUUCAAAUAUCUGUUAUGUGAUUUUAGCAUUCUGAAUUCGAUCAAAGGGGGUAUCAUAGAGUUGUUUCCGGUUUAAUUGAUGUUAGCUUCUGAUCAUUCAGUCCUCUAGAAGCCCACAUUUGUUGGUGGGGUUACCGAUUUGGUAUUGUUGCAGCUUCAUGUUCCCUGCUCAGACAUUAAAUUUUGUGUGAUUUGAAACUUAUGAUCCCUAUUGGGGAAUCUGAUUCAGGUGAACAACACUUGCUUCUUGAGA